UCUGCGCGGUCACGACGUAUCCGCGGUCACGAUGAGUGGGCUGCACGCUGCAGGCAACCAGCUGCAAACAGUGGAACAACGAAGUGCUGCAGUACACGGAGCCGAGGAGCACCCGAGCCGCUCGUUAUACUCACAAGGACCUGCUUGAUGGAUCCACUCUAGUAUGGCAGUUGAAUGUGACAGACAGGAUACUGUUGUCUUGAAGCAAAAUCAAUGGAAUAAUUUGGAGGAGAAUAACAUCUUGUUUCCUUGACUUCACUUUUCUUCUUUUUUUUUAAAUACCAAUGACAAUGGAAAGAUAAGAUGCAAAUGUAGUGGGAGAAAGAGAUGAAAAGCAACCCAGAGGAGGCCUCCAGCAGACGCUGAUGGUGGAACUAUUAGCUCAGGGAUGUGCUUUCAGUCUGAGGAUGGAACAAGGGGAAUCUGUCCUUGACCAGGGGAUUGCCAGAUGAGGGAGCAAUACCCCAACACUGCCAAAAAAAUAGGAAAAUCUACAAUGGAUGGUGAAUUUUAAAUCCAGCACAAAACACAGCUCCGUUGAUUGGCUAAAUAAUUAAUUUGGACUUAAUCUCAUGUGCACUCCACCACUUACACUUAAAUGGACUCUAUUGCUUGUAAUGUAAAGAAGCUUUCAAAACAAAUUCUGCAUGUCUAGUGGUUGUUUGGGUGGUGAUAAAAUCAUCUGUCUGAGCCACUGGAGAAAUGUCCAACAUCAAGAUGCAUACACCUGUUGGAAGAGGAUGUAAAAAAGACUGGUUAUCAAAAACCACAAUAAUGUACAGCAGAGGAGUUCCUGUCUGUUUCCCUUUACUGCUCUUCUCCCUGGUUACUCCUGUUCUCUCCAUUCAUAUGGAGUUCGAGAGCCACAGUGAGUUUAGCUGUGAGCCCAUCAGACUGAGAAUGUGCCAGGAUCUGCCUUACAACACCACCUUUAUGCCCAAUCUACUCAAUCACUACGACCAACAAACUGCUGCACUUGCCAUGGAGCCUUUUCAUCCCAUGGUAAAUCUGGUGUGUAGUGAGGACCUGAGGAUGUUCCUGUGUGCCCUGUACGCCCCUGUGUGCACUAAGUAUGGCCAGGUGUCCUUGCCAUGUCGAUCCCUCUGCCAGCGUGCCAAGGAUGAGUGCAGCAAACUCAUGGAGAUAUUUGGACUAGCUUGGCCUGAUGACAUGGAGUGCAGCAGGUUCCCAGAAUGUGAUGAGCCAUAUCCUCGUCCAGAGGACCUGCUAACAAGCUCUGACCCCACCGACCAGUCAUCCAUGACUGUCCAGAGAGACUACGGUUUCUGGUGCCCCAGAGAGCUCAAAGUCGACCCUGACCUCGGUUACACAUUCAUGGGCAGGAGGGAUUGUUCUGCCCCCUGCCCUUCCAUGUUCUUCAACCGACAGGAGCUGACCUUUAUCCGCUACUUCAUAGGAGUCAUUUCCAUUGUCUGUCUGUCUGCAACUCUCUUCACCUUCCUAACCUUUCUCAUUGAUGUCACCAGGUUUCGAUACCCUGAACGGCCAAUCAUUUUCUAUGCGGUGUGUUAUGUCAUGGUCUCGCUGGUUUUCUUUCUGGGCUUCCUGUUGGAGGACAGGGUAGCUUGUAAUGCAGUUAACCCUGCCCAGUUCAAAGCCUCAACCAUAACACAGGGCUCACACAACAAGGUAUGCACCCUAUUCUUCAUGGUCCUGUAUUUCUUCACCAUGGCCGGCAGCAUGUGGUGGGUCAUUCUUACAAUCACGUGGUUCUUGGCUGCUGUGCCUAAAUGGGGUAGUGAGGCCAUUGAGAAGAAAGCCCUCCUCUUCCAUGCGGUAGCCUGGGGGCUCCCAGGGGCCCUGACUGUCACCCUGUUGGCCCUGAACAAAAUUGAAGGAGAUGGGAUCAGUGGAGUAUGUUUCAUAGGGCUAUAUGACAUUGACGCCCUGAGGUGGUUUGUUCUGGCACCGCUCUGCCUCAACGUGGCGGUGGGUGUCUCUCUUCUCUUAGUGGGCAUUGUGGCUCUGAACCGUGUACGCAUGGAGAUCCCUUUGGAGAAGGAGAACCAGACAAAAUUAGUCAAGUUCAUGAUCAGAAUGGGAGUCUUCUCUGUGCUCUACCUGGUCCCCUUAUUGACUGUGAUUGGGUGUUACUUUUACGAACACAACUUCAGGAGCGUCUGGGAGACAACGUGGAUGGAGGAGAACUGCAGGCGCUAUCACAUCCCCUGCCCGUACAAGGUGGAGCAGACCAACCGACCUAACAUGGUUUUAUUCCUGAUUAAAUAUCUGAUGAUGUUGGUGGUGGGGAUCCCCUCUGUGUUCUGGGUGGGCAGCAAGAAGACCUGUUUUGAAUGGGCCAGUUUCCUUCAUGGCCGCAGACGCAAAGACAGUGGGGUGAAUGAGUCUCGCCAGGUCCUGCAGGAACAACCAGACUUUGCCCAGUCUCUGCUGCGUGAGCCGAACACCCCCAUCAUAAGGAAGUCCAGAGGAACAUCCACUCAGGGCACAUCUACCCAUGCCUCCUCCACCAACUUGGCUGUCCUAGAUGAUCUUGACAAGCCGAUCAGAACGCACCACGGCCACACUGCCUCCACCAAGAGUAAAGCCGGCAGCGUCCACAGCAAGGCCAGCUACCACGGCAGCCUGCGCCGCACUCGUGACGACAGGAGUGAUACUUUGGUUCACCGUGGUACAGAGGAGCGCAGUUACCAUGGCAGCAUGCCACGUCUGGACCACCCACUCUCCGCUCACAGCAGCCUUCAUCAGUUAGACGGCCACUCGUCGAGACACGGCAGCCAGCGAGACGUCUCUGAACCCCCACCUACCCUCAUCACCCACGGGACAACACCAAGUGAGAGCCAAGCAGGCGAGAACGAAGGCACCAGCGCCUAAGAGGAGACUGGAGCUCUGUUGUAAACUAUCGUAAGGACGCUGUUAGCGCCUGGUGAAGCUUUGCCCUCAGCUGACACACACUCAUCUGUUUAGUGUGUAUGUGUUUUCCUCUGUGGAGAUGGAGAAUGUACCUGUGAUUGCUGCAGUGGUUGUUUAUGGCAUUAGUUCCUUAAUGAUCAUGUGUUAGCAGUGUGGCUAAAUGCUAAAACUGCUAAGUCAGUGUUCUUGACUGAACUCGUAUAAUGCAGCUGAGUUUGUUUACUUAACUUUUGCUCGACUCAAACUGACUGAUCCAAGGCAUUAUUCAGGGAUCAUGUUGUGCAGAGGUACCAGCGCUAGAACUGGAUCAGAAGGAAUGGAAAGAUGGAGGUAGAGUCUCUACACCUUAUCACAAGGAGGAUUUCAAGUUAUUUUGUGCAGGUGUAUCCUGAAGGAAUCAAUCUGUGUGAUUUUAGAUCUGGAGAUCUGUCUCGAUAAGAGAUGGAAGUCUCAUGAUGGAAUUAUUCAAACCACUAUCUGUCACCACUUUGCAAAACCUGAAAUUAAAUGACUAAAUCUAUGAA